UUUGCUUCACUAUGAUCAAGGACUGAGUACAUCAAAAGAUUAAAGUCUCCUCCCAAUAUUAUAUCAUGAGGGGUGCCAGCGGCUUGCAACAUCCCUUCAAGAUAAAAAAAAAAGCCCUGAUCAUCAGCGUUAGGUGCGAAAAUAUUAGCCAAAAUCAACCUUUGCCCCUGAAUUUCAGAUAAAACAAUAAUGACUCCCUUGCUCUUACUUGAGCCAACACUAAAAAAAAAAAAUGUCCACCCCAUAUCUUCCCAAAUUAUUCCGCUUCCUGCGGAGAAAUUUGUGUUUCUUGAAGAAACACUAUAUCAUAUUUCUUACGUGUAAGAAAAGUAAUAACUUUCCUUCUUUUUAUGGGGUGCCCCAACCCAUUCACAUUCCAUGUGGAGAGAGAUAGUACACUCAUAUUAACAACUGACAUAUUGAUAUGAUAAUAAUAAAUAAACUGUGUCAAAAACAAAAUUAUACAGACCACAUUCCCCAUUAGUGAAACAAUCAAACCCCGAACUUCCCCCGAACAAAAAAAAAAAGAAAAGAAAAACUUGCACAUUAACCUCGCACACGAGAGCACCAACCGGCGACAAUCCCAUUAAACUCAAAAGGUCCAUGAACGCCCACGAGCCCCCACGACAACUUUGCCAUCGGAUUGCUCAAUUUGUGAGGCAAAAUUACAUAACAGAAAAUACUUUGUAAAAUAACCCCCAGCCAAAAGGAAGAAUGAACACAGAACAUGUAGAUUAAUUCACAGAACUGUUUUAAAGGUGUAAUCAUCCACAAAAUAAAUUUCAGCUGAUAUAAAACCGUUCAGUUUCACGGAUAGACAAAUUAAUGUUCAGUGAGCCGACUGUUAUGAGUUCAGCGGAUGACGUAAUCAUUACAGUGUCCCGUAAACGGAACAAGCUCCAGCCAUUAGGCGGAGCCAACACAAAAAGAAAUAAAACCAACAUCCCGUUUCCCCGGAUGGUCAAGUCAAUUCACUCUGAGGCCGCAUAAAACUAUAUAUACCAUGACUUACUCAAUCCGUCAACUUUAUAAAAGACAUCCUUUGUGUGAGCAUGUAGACAUUUUGCGGUCAUCCGUAGUGUCCACACUCAAACUGGCCAGGAACUUCCAUGCAAAAGUAAUCUUCCGUCAAUGCAAAAGCUUCUUUAAGGAAAGUGUUAUUCACAAAACAAGCUCCAGCCGCUAGGCGGAGCCAAUGCAAAAAGAAACCAAAAUGUCGCCCAGCUUCCUCAAGAGUAAGUACAGCGAGUCGACCCACUCACAUGAGAAACAUCCAAUGGUUUACUCAUCCAUUGAUUCAAUAAAAGACAUUGCUUGAUUGGGACGUAAAUACUUUGCGACCAACCUUCGUUUCUAUUCUCAGUUUGGCUGGAAACAUCAGAGCAAACGAGAUCUUUCGCUGGUGUAAGAGUUUCUUACAUUCCUUGAACCGUUCGCGUUUCUCUCGUCGAACUCGCAAAGUCAGGGAACAAGAAAAUAUUAUGGUUCUUCCAAAAAAACUUUCCUUUGCUCCUCGCCUGGCACAAAACGAGAUCUUUAUCAGAUGACCUCAGAAAUUUGGCCAGAAUCGAUCGGGGCCUAUUUCCCUCAGCAGAUCUCCGAGCAGGGACUCCGUGAGCUCGCUCGAUUUCCAGCUUGUGGCCUGAUGUGUUGAGCAGACUCGGGAAGAACUCGUCUAGGAAUUCACCAUAUCUCUGCCCUCCUCAUGCUCAGGAAUUCCAACAAUUCUGAUGUUAUUCCUGCGGCUUCUAUUCUCAAGAUCUUCAAGCUUUUCAAGGAGAUGUUCCAAAUCAACUUUGGUCGCAGGCGGAUUAGUGGUUAAUUCCCUCUCUGAAGACUCCGAAUAAUCGAUUAGUUUCUCAGCAUCCAACACUCUUGUAACUAACUCAGAGAAUUUUAUUUCCAUCGCCGUAAUCGAUCAACGUAUUACAGCGAGAUCCUCCCACUCAGCAAGAACCUUCGUCAUCAUCACCGAUAUGUUGGACAACUGACACUGGAUUCCUUCUCCCGCCGCGCAAUCCAAAUCGAGUCCCCGGUCUGUAGGUCUGUCGGUGCUUUCAUCCUGAACACGGGGCCAUUUAGCGUGGUACGAAGAUGCAUCAACAGAGAGACGGGCCAGCAAUUUGCUGUGAAGAUUGUGGAUGUGGCCAAAUUCACCUCCAGUCCCGGCCUCAGCACAGAGGAUCUGAAGAGGGAAGCGAGCAUCUGCCACAUGCUGAAACAUCCACACAUAGUGGAGCUUCUGGAAACCUACAGCUCUGAUGGGAUGCUCUACAUGGUUUUUGAAUUUAUGGAUGGAGCAGAUCUCUGCUUUGAGAUUGUGAAGAGAGCAGACGCUGGGUUUGUUUACAGCGAGGCCGUAGCCAGUCACUACAUGCGACAGAUCCUAGAGGCGUUGCGGUACUGCCAUGACAACAACGUAAUUCACAGAGAUGUAAAGCCUCAUUGUGUAUUGCUGGCAUCAAAGGAGAACUCAGCACCAGUGAAACUGGGCGGCUUUGGUGUGGCUAUACAGCUGGGAGAGUCUGGACUGGUGGCUGGAGGCCGGGUGGGCACUCCUCAAUUCAUGGCGCCUGAGGUGGUGAAAAGAGAACCUUAUGGGAAACCUGUCGACGUGUGGGGCUGUGGAGUCAUCCUCGUCAUCCUUCUCAGUGGCUGCCUGCCCUUCUACGGCACCAAAGAGCGCCUGUUUGAAGCAAUCAUAAAAGGAAGAUACAAGUUGAAUCCCAGGCAGUGGGGCCACGUUUCAGAGAGUGCCAAAGAUCUGGUGCGCCGUAUGCUGAUGCUGGACCCUGCAGAGAGGAUCACUGUGUAUGAAGCUCUCAACCACCCCUGGCUCAAGGAGAGAGACCGCUACGCCUACAAGAUCCACCUUCCUGACACAGUUGAGCAGCUAAGGAAGUUCAAUUCCAGGAGAAAACUAAAAGGUGCGGUGCUCGCUGCAGUCUCCAGUCACAAGUUCAACUCUUUCUAUGGUGACCCACCUGAAGAACUGCCUGACUUCUCUGAAGAGCCCACAUCAUCAGGACUGCUAGCGGCAGAAAGGGCUGUGUCACAGGUGCUGGACAGUUUGGAGGAGAUCCAUGCACUGACGGACUGCAGUGAGAAAGACCUGGAUUUUUUACACAGCGUCUUCCAGGACCAUCACCUCCACACUUUGCUAGAUCUGUAUGACAAGAUAAACACCAAGUCCUCACCACAAAUCCGAAAUGCACCAAGUGAUGCAGUUCAAAGAGCCAAAGAGACCUCCGCUGAAGACGAGUCAAGCACGGCUUUGAAACAUCUGGAAUAUGUAUUGGAGGAGAUUUCAUGCUACCCUGAAAACACAGACGCUAAAGAACUGAGACGGAUCCUAACCCAGCCCCAUUUCAUGGCCUUACUUCAAACUCAUGAUGUUGUAGCACAUGAAGUGUACAGUGACGAAGCACUAAGGGUCACCCCUCCUCCCACAUCACCAUACCUUAACGGAGACUCACCUGAGAGCACCAACGGUGACAUGGAUCUAGAGAACGUCACACGGGUGCGCCUUGUUCAGUUCCAAAAGAACACGGACGAACCCAUGGGCAUCACAUUGAAAAUGAAUGACCUAAACCACUGCAUCGUUGCAAGAAUAAUGCAUGGAGGAAUGAUCCACAGACAAGGUACUUUGCAUGUUGGAGAUGAGAUCCGGGAGAUCAACGGUAUAAGCGUUUCAAAUCAAACGGUGGAGCAGCUUCAGAAGAUGCUUCGGGAAAUGAGAGGAAGCAUCACCUUUAAGAUUGUGCCAAGCUAUCGCACGCAACAGUCGUCCUGUGAGAAAGAAUCCCCCAACACCUCCAGACAGUCCCCUGCUAAUGGUCAUUCCAGCAUUAACAGUUCUAUCUUGGAUUUGCCGGCAACCAUUCAGCCAAAAGGAUGCCAGAUCUCCAGACCUCCAAUCAAGGAUAAAUUUUCCAUCAAGAUCUACGUGAGGGCGCAGUUCGAAUAUGACCCGACGAAGGAUGACCUCAUCCCUUGUAAAGAGGCAGGGAUUCGCUUCAGAGUGGGUGACAUAAUCCAGAUUAUCAACAAAGAUGACCAUAACUGGUGGCAAGGCAAGCUGGAAAACACCAAGAAUGGCACUGCAGGGCUAAUUCCCUCUCCUGAACUCCAGGAGUGGCGGGUGGCCUGUAUAGCCAUGGAGAAAACCAAGCAGGAACAGCAGGCAAGCUGUACUUGGUUUGGCAAGAAGAAAAAGCAGUACAAAGACAAGUACCUAGCAAAACACAAUGCAGUGUUUGAUCAACUAGAUCUCAUCACAUAUGAGGAAGUAGUGAAGUUGCCUGCAUUUAAGAGGAAAACAUUAGUGUUACUAGGUGCCCAUGGCGUUGGCAGAAGACACAUCAAGAACACACUCAUCACCAAACACCCAGACAGAUUCGCUUACCCCAUUCCACACACGACCAGACCUCCAAAGAAAGACGAAGAGAAUGGCAAGAAUUAUUUCUUUGUAUCCCACGACCAAAUGAUGCAGGACAUCUCUAACAAUGAUUACCUGGAGUACGGCAGCCACGAGGAUGCAAUGUACGGCACACGCUUGGAGACGAUACGCAAGAUCCAUGAGCAGGGACUCGUAGCCAUAUUGGAUGUAGAGCCACAGGCACUGAAGGUGUUACGGACAUCUGAAUUUGCUCCCUAUGUGGUUUUUAUUGCUGCACCAACCAUCACCCCUGGCAUGAAUGAGGAUGAGUCAUUACAGAGGCUGCAGAAAGAGUCUGAGAUCCUUCAGAAGACAUAUGCACACUAUUUUGACCAAACCAUCAUCAAUAAUGAGAUUGAUGAGACUAUUCGGCUCCUUGAAGAGGCCAUAGACCUGGUUUGCACCACCACCCAGUGGGUGCCAGUGUCCUGGGUCUAUUAAAACAGCAAUCCAAUGUGUGCCCUUCAACCCUGUAACUUUACGCCCGUCAAAACCACACACUUUGCAAUGCAUCUCAAAAAACUUCUAAACUUUCCCUUGUUUAAACUGGGGCGAAAUCCACCUCUGACAUUCAACUACAUGGAUGUACAAGCCCUGCAGUGAGCCCAGUUUUGGCCCCUCAUGGACUACCUAGACCACCUAGUGAUGUAUCAAUAAAAAAGAUCAAUAAAAUGAAUUACUAAAUAUUGUUAUGUCUGUAUAGAUAGGAGGCAACAUUUUGUAGACAUUUGUUUUAAAGAGACAGUACCCUCCAUGCCGCAUUAUGAUGUAGUGUCCUGAUUGUUUUUCUGUUGUGUUAAAAUAUUUUUUUUAAUAUACAUAAAAAUCAUUUUUGUAUGUUCAUAUCGAAGCAAAAGUGCAGUAUUACUACACCGGAAUCCUCAUCACUUUUAUCUGUCCAACCCUUCCAUUAACUCGGCCAUCAAACGUAAUCCCCACAUUAUCCGUGCAGCAGACCCCAUCAGCUUUAUACAGUCCAGAGUUACCAGUUAUUUAGCUUUCAUUUUAAAACAACUUUUUUGGGCGGUUUGUUGUUUUCCCCAAUCCAUCCUUCUUUACACAUGGAUACUGUCUCUCUAAAGACCUGCAUAAAUGUUUUAGAGAUUUAAAUGAAAUCUCAUGCAUGUGAACAUUCACAAGCUUCCAUUCUGUCAGUGUUAGCUGUGUUCAAACUGUCACCCACAGCAGAAAACAUUCCAUUCUUCUGGACAAAACACAUUCAAACAUUCAAGUGGAGCUAGUGACAAAAAAAAAUCUACAAAGAAAAGACCUAUGCACAUCUCUUGCAUUUUGGCAACUUUGUAAACAAAUGUAUUUUUACCAAUCAUGUAGUAACGUGUAAAGUGUCUUAAUUUUUAUUUUAUUUUUUUGUAAAAUUUAAGAGGGUAGGGAUGAAAAUUAAUACAAAAAAACUGUUCCACCAUUUCAGAAAUGUAUAAUUUGAGAGUAUUCAUGUUUUAAUUGAGCCAAAUCAAAUUGAAAACCUUUUUUAUUCUGUGCAGUUGUUUGAUAAAGAGGUGCAGCCAUGAACUGCGUGGCAAAAGACUA